AUGAAAGACUUAUCCAUUCUGCUCUCUACAUUAAAUCUAUCAACGAAUUCUAGGAUCAAAGAAAUAUCAUUACCUUGCCAAAUGCCUAGAUCAAAGAUUCCUGCAUUUAUUAAUUCUAGUGUUAAUAAUGAUCCAAGUGAAAUUAAUCUUAGAAAUCUCUACAAAAAAACUUCUGCAUUAGCAUUUAUACCACCAACUACUGUGAAAUAUUUAUGGAGUCAAACAAUGGAUGAAUACGAUACUAUUCAUGGAAUUACGCCAUUUUUUGAUUAUGUCACUGGAACUUGGAUUGAAAUUUGA